GAUACGAGUGAAGACCACACGUUGCAAAGCUUGAGCAGUUGAUUUGUGAAAAUAAGAAGACGGGUUUUCAAGAGAAACGUGUUUCCGAAGAAUUUGAGAGGUCAAAGUGAAUAUGUCGUCCACAGACGAGAGCUCAGACUUGAAGGGUGGUCACCCACCAGCAGUGAAGGUUGGAGGUAUGAGAGUGGUCCAGCAGAAGAAACAUGUCGGCGAAGGUGACGCGAAGAAAGAGCCGACGGCUGGUGAAGAAGAGGAGGAGUUCGCGGAAAGCGCCCCAAAGACCGACAAACACCAUCAGUCCAUUUUAUUGUCAGGUGCAGUAACUAAGGGUGACCAAGACUUUCCCGAAGCUGCUGUUAAGUCCUUUCAUGAAAAACCUCUUCCAACUGUGGAUAAGCGGCCUAACCAUCCCAAACCUCAAGCUCAUUUCAUUCAACAGCCCAGAAAGCAGUAGAUGUUAGGUCUCUAGUCUGAAGGAGUUACAUGGCGUCAGACAAGGUCAACUGCUAGGUCAAGUUUCUUUUUGUUUAAGCAUUUAAUGUUUUCCUAUGCCAAAUUAUUAAUAAUAUUGUUACGAAUAAGAUAUACAAAUCAGGCAGUGGUCUGUCUGUUUGUGGAUACUUUGAUUGUUGUCUGCUGUAGAAUUGUAACUCAUUUUGAAGCCAAUUUAGGUGAUUUUCUCUUUGGAAUAGAUGUAUUCUACAGAACAUGUCUUCCUUGGUUGUUAGUAUUUGCUUUGUCAAUAGCAAAACCUCAGUAUAGAUGUGCCUUGUGAAAAAGGUUUCAACAAGUGUCAGUUUCCAGUUUAGAAAUAAUUUAAAACUAAGUUAAAAACUCAAACUUUAUAAAUACUUCAGAAAAAUAUUUGACAGGUAAUUUUGGCAUGGAGGUGGAUAUGUUAGCAGGUUAUGUAACCUUGACCGUUUACCCAUCUUCUGACCUCAUGUGCUUGUUAGUCUAGGCCUUGACCUGGCAGCAAAUGACCUUCAAUGACCUUGGUCCAGCAUAAUGUAUAUGUUGGAAGUAGAUUUAUUGAAAGCUAUGAAUCACUGCAAAAACAAAAAAAUGGGAUCUAUUUUGGUUGUUCAACUUUUAAAACGUGCUAGUCCAUGAGACAGAUUUGGUGGAGAAAAGGUAAGGAAACAACUUUGUUGCAGGUUUCAACACUUAUUGGAAUUGCACUGCUGUAAAGUGCAGGUAAUGGAAUCUUUGUGGUGCAUUGAUGUUUGCAUUGUUUUGUUAUUUCUAUACAGUGAGGAAUGAAGUAGCCUACCGGUACAUGUCUGUAUCAGUAUUAGUU